AUGCCAGCAGCAUACGCGGUACGGGAUGGGGGAGAUGCCAAGUCCAAAAAACAAAGCAUGGCGGAUCUUAAACUUCGAAGGCUUCAAGAACUGAACUCGCGUCUCAAGGAAGAUCUCGAGAGGCCUCGUGUCAAAGUUGCUGAAGCAUCCAUGAGCCUGAUCAACUACUGCAACCAAACGCGGGACUACAUGGUACCUUCGGUCUGGGGACAGGUAGACAGGAAAGAAGAUCCAUACAAUCCACAGAGCGGAGGUAGUGAAGGGUGCUGCACUGUCAUGUAA